UUCAUCUUUCAAAAUCAAACAACAAUGUCUUCUAUGAAUCCGAAUGUUGAGAAAUCCGGUAACGAUCCUUCGGCUUACCAAGGAGGAGAUUCAUCUGCUGCUUCGCAAGAUCCGAACAAAUCUAAAACAGUAAGUUCUGAUGACAAUUUGAAUGAAACUAAUAAGGAGAAAGAGGAAGAAGAUUGUGAUGAGUGUUGGCUUAGUCGGUUUUUGAAGAAAGGUGGGUGCAAGGAUGCAUUCAUAGAAGUUGAUCAUUGUUGGGAAGUGAAAGAUGACGGCACGAAUUGUCGAGAUGCUAGAUUGAAGCUGAAUACAUGUAUGUAUUCUAACGUCGAUUACUAUGGACAGUAUCUGGCGAUGCAGAAAGAGAGGUUUACUCAGUCGUUAAAGGAUUUGGAAGAAGGGGAGAAGGCAGCGGCUGCGGCGAAAAAGAAGGAAGAAGGAGAAACUAAGGGAAAGUGAGGGUUUAUCUCGUAAGAUUUAUAUGUUAUUUGAUUGUUUUUAGAUUACAACCUUGGAUGUUUCUGAUUAUUACUUUUGUUAUUGUGGGAAGAAUUUGGUUUUAAGUCAUUGCUUUGUUGAUGCCCAUGAAUGUCUCUCUCAAUGAAACUAAUUUUAAGUG